AUGACUGUCGACUCAGUAGUCCCGACCCCGGAGCAGGUCUCCGAGCUCAAGGACAAGUACACCAACGCCGGUCAGGGCCAGGUGUUCACCUUCUACGACUCCCUUUCGAGCGACGAACAGGCACAGCUCUACAAGCAGCUUUCCGGCUUCGAUCCCCUCUACAUCAACAAAAUCACUGCCAAGGCGCUCACUCCCAAUCUACCUAUUCUGGACUCCGACAAGAAGUCUCAGGAAGAAUGGUGGAACCGCGGCCUACAGCUGAUUGCUGACAACAAGGUUGCUGUUGUCCUCAUGGCUGGCGGUCAGGGCACCCGUCUUGGCAGCUCUGCCCCCAAGGGCUGCUUCGACAUCGGCCUGCCCUCCCACAAGUCUCUGUUCCAGAUCCAGGCCGAAAGAAUUGCGAGACUUCAGCUACUGGCUUCGAAGGUCCGCCAGCAGACCGGCUCCCCCGGUGGUGCCAUGGUACGUAUGACGUCCGGCCCUACUCGCAAGGCCACCGAGGACUUCUUCAAGAGCCACAACUACUUCGGCCUCAACUCCGAGCAGGUCAUCAUCUUCGAGCAGGGUGUGCUUCCCUGCAUAUCCAACGACGGCAAGAUCCUUCUUGAGACCAAGUCCAGAGUCGCUGUUGCUCCCGAUGGCAACGGCGGCAUCUACAACGCUUUGGUUGACGCCAAGGUCCUCGAUGACAUGGCCCGCCGCGGAAUCGAGCACGUCCACGCCUACUGCGUAGACAACUGUCUCGUCAAGGUUGCGGAUCCCGUCUUCAUCGGCUACUGCGCUUCCCAGGACGUCGAUAUCGGUACCAAGGUAGUGCGCAAGCGCAACGCUACCGAGCCUGUGGGCCUUAUCCUCACCAAGAACGGCAAGCCUGACGUCGUCGAGUACAGCGAGAUCGACGACGCGGUUGCUGCCGAGGAGGACCCUGCGCACCCCGGCGUUCUCAGGUUCCGUGCCGCCAACAUUGUCAACCACUACUAUUCGUUCCGCUUCCUGAAGUCAAUUCCCGAGUGGGCGGGCAACCUGCCCCAUCACAUUGCCCGCAAGAAGAUCCCCUAUGCGAAUCUGGAGUCGGGCAACACUGUCAAGCCUGAGAAGCCCAACGGCAUCAAGCUUGAGCAGUUCGUUUUCGACGUCUUCCCCAUGAUCGAGCUUUCCAAGUUCGCUUGCAUGGAGGUUAAGCGCGAGGAUGAGUUCAGCCCGCUCAAGAACGCCAGGGGAACGGGCGAGGACGAUCCCGAUACCAGCAGACACGAUAUCAUGGCUCAGGGCCGGAGAUGGUUGGAGGCGGCUGGUGCCAAGUUCGCCGAAGGCGUGGAGGGCGUGGAGGUCAGCCCUCUAGUCAGCUACGGCGGCGAAAGCCUCCACAUGCACGCCGCGAAGGAGGCGAUCACGGUUGACCGUAUUGAAUAG